ACCCAGCCAGCCUCAAGUCACGUCAGCUGGGGUUCAGGUGAACCCAGCCAGCCUCAAGUCACGUCAGCUGGGGGUUCAGGUGAACCCAGCCAGCCUCAAGCCACGUCAGCUGGAGGGCCCGAGUCGCCCGUCCGGCCUCAAGCCACGUCAGCUGGAGGGCCCGAGUCGCCCGUCCGGCCUCAAGCCACGUCAGCUGGAGGGCCCGAGUCGCCCGUCCGGCCUCAAGCCACGUCAGCUGGAGGGCCCGAGUCGCCCGUCCGGCCUCAAGCCAUGUCAGCUGGGGGUUCGGGAGAACCCAGCCAGCCCCAGGUCUCGUCAGCUGGGGGUUCGGGAGAACCCAGCCAGCCCCAGGUCUCGUCUGCUGGAGGGUCCGAGUUGCCCGUCCAGCCUCAAGCCAAGUCAGCUGGAGGGUCCGAGUCGCCCGUCCAGCCUCAAGUGUCGUCUGCUGGAGGGCCCGAGUCGCCCGUCCAGCCUCAUGCCACGUCUGCUGGUGGGUCCGAGUCGCCCGUCCAGCCUCAUGCCACGUCUGCUGGUGGGUCAGAGGAGCCCACCCAGCACCACGCCUCGUCUGCUGGGGGCCCUGGAGGACCCAGCCAGCACAUCCUCAUGUCAGCUGACGGUCCGGGGAAGUCGGUUCAGCGGUCACCUGCUGAACUAUUCCCCGUGCCUGCAGCAUCAUCGCCUGCAGCUCCAUCCACGCCUGCAGCUUCAUCCACGCCUGCAGCAUCCACGCCUGCAGCCGCAGCUUCAUCCACGCCUGCAGCCGUCCCGCUGCCGUCAGGUUCCGCAGCCGUCCCGCUGCCGUCAGGUCCGGCCCCCGUGUCUUCAUCCACGUCAGGUCCGGCCCCCGUGUCUUCAUCCACGCCUGGUCCGGCCCCCGUGUCUUCAUCCACGCCUGCAGCCGCAGCUUCAUCCACACCUGCAGCAUCAUCGCCUGCAGCCGUCUCGCUGCCGUCAGGUUCCGCAGCCGUCUCGCUGCCGUCAGGUUCCGCAGCCGUCUCGCUGCCGUCAGGUUCCGCAGCCGUCUCGCUGCCGUCAGGUUCCGCUUCUGCUCCGCCUUCGCCUGGUCCUGCCUCGUCGGACACGUCCACGCCUGGCCCUGCCUCGUCUAGCCCUGCCUCGUCAGACUCGUCCACGCCUGGCCCUGCCUCGUCCAAGUCUGGUCCUGACUCGUCCAAGUCUGGUCUUGCCUCGUCUGGCCCUGCCUCGUCCCCGCCUGGUCCUGCCUCGUCUGGCCCUGCCUCGUCCACGCCUGGCCCGGCCUCUGUGUCUUCGUCCACCCCUUCUGCUCCGCCAUCGGCUGGCCCUGCGGUUGCCACGCCGUCAUGGAACCCGACUCGUCCUGUUCCGCCUCGCCUCUGCUGGCCACUUUCCAGGCCUCUAAUUGGGCAUCAUGGCCGUCGAGGCCGGCCUCCUGAGAGGGAUCGUCGCCGCUGCUGGCAUUGCAGCCGACCUCCGGAUCUGCUCAGUGGCCGCCGUUGCCGUGUGCACGGUCGGCCUCCGGAACUGUUUGCCCGUCGCCGCCGCUGCCGUGUGCACGGUCGGCCUCCGGAACUGUUUGUCCGUCGCCGCCGUUGCCGUGUGCAUGGCCGACCCCCUGACCUGUUUUGGCCCCUGUAUGGCCGACCUCCGGGUCGACCCCCUGAAUUGUUCAUGGACUCUUGUUGAGCUCUAGUUUGGUUUUGGUUUUUGAUUUGUUUUCCUGUGUUCUUGACCUGUUUUCGUGUUUUUGGACUGCUUUGGAUUCUUGUGCUCCUUGUGUUUUGUUUCGGACCCUCCGUCCUUGACCCCCUCCGCCCGCCCUGGUCUGGUGCUCGGUUUUGCUGUUCUGUUUUGUUUUUUUUGUUUUUUUUUUGUUUGGGGCUGUCGGGAGCCACCCCUUAGAGGGGGGUACUGUCACGGUUCUGGGUCCGUUGGACCCAGUAUUUUGAGUUUAUUAUAUUUUGGUUACUUUUGCAUUAUGGAUUGUUUCUUAUGUUUCUCUGACACUUUGUGUUUCUGUUAUCUUGGUGUUUUGGAUUUUCUCAUUUUGUGGUGAUGAUGAUUAUUGUUAUUGAGUUCCAUGUUUCUGUUU